AUGCGUUCUUUGCGUCAUGGACGCUGCCUGACCGCUACGUUGGCAUCACUCCUCCUGCUGGUUUGCCUGGGGGACAUCGCAAAGGCUGCAAAUGUCGGCCCUGGUCUUUUAAUGUUACAAAUGCACGGUUACUUCAUAUUAGACUUUGAGUAUGGGUAUACCAGGGAUGCCGUCGUUGGCUUUGAUAAAGCUGUGACUCAAUGUGCCGAGCACGGUGGCGUGCCUGCAAGCGAUCCGAGCUUCCAUUACACCAAUGCUAUCGCCCUUCAUAUUAUGAACUACCGGAAUAUAACUCGCACAAGCUUUUAUACAGGUUCCACUGCAUACCCCAAGGAUACCUGGUUUAACAAUUGCUAUCCAAGGAAAGCGGGACACUAUAAUGGCUCAAAUUGUGUUUUCCGUUGGGUUUAUGGUUUCUACGAUCGCUUCAGCUACAUGGGUGAGCCGGGCACCGCGUUUUGGGAAGGCAUAUACAGGUUCGAUAGGGAACCUGAUAAAGCUGCGCUAAAUUCAUAUACACAAUACAAUUGGAACAGUACAGCUCCAUAUCCAUAUGGAGAAUUUUAUAUGAUAAAUAGUUAUAAUGCUUCCAAUGGUGUACUCUACAGAUCGGAUUGCUCUUAUAGACCUGAUAGCGUCUGUUCCAACACGAAGGAAAAUUUUCUUAUGGUGUGUGAGGUACAGUCUUAUCCUGUCGAUCCACCCAUUUUUACAAAAGCGCCACAACCUAUCUUUGUAAAAGGAUGGGAUGAUCCAACAUGGGCUCAAGCGAACUGGUUUUUGAUCUAUAUUCUUUUCAUGACAGUUCUAUUACUUCUGUUUGUGAUCAUUACGAUAUAUUGUUGGGUCACGUCUAAAGAGAAGUCUUUUGGAAAGCCAAUUAAUGCGAUGGUUAUUCGCGAGUACCAAGGGUUUCCAUAUACCAUAAACGACGAGAGUGGAUUGGAAGUCGAGCACAUUCAGUUUCCGCUUAACCAUUGGGAUGCAAUUAAUAGCAACCUACCCGUGAACCCUGAUGAUCUCAAAUUUUCAAAUCCUUUGGUAUUCGAGGCACCUGAUGUCAAUCAAUAUGGUAAUGCGGACUGCUAUGCUGGUGAACAGCUUAAAAGAAAUGACUCGAAGGAUCAUGAUACACCCCUGACUGAUACGCCUAAAUCGGAGACUUCACCACCUGUCAAGGAUCCAAAGGGAUUAACUGUUUCGCGAAAACAAGUAUCCCAGAGGCGUCUUCACUCGAGCCAAAAUAGUCGAAAUUCCCGAAGCAAUAACUCGAAUCUGUACGUUUUUAGUGAAGUCGAUAUGCCUAGCGCGGGAGAGGUUCAUGAAGCUAAUCUCAAGCUAUGA